AUGGCCAACUCUGCCUGGGUGCGCUCAGCCAUCAAACCCGAGUACAUCGAGGCAAUCAAGAAGGACUUUGAAGCUGAGGCUUUGCCUUUAACGGAUCCGGAUCCAGCACCUAUCAACAAAUGGGUGAGUGAGAGGACUUCGGGUCUCAUUCCGGAGCUCUUCUCGGGGCCCUUGGACCCCCUGACGGUGCUGGUGCUGGUGAAUACCAUCUUCUUCAAAGGAUCUUGGGCGACGGUCUUUGACUCGGCCAACACCAAAAGCGGCGAAUUCCGUGGCUUUGCGUCGAAGAUGCCCUGCGACAUGAUGUGGAAGAAAGAAAAGAAGCUUGGCUAUACUGACAUGCCUGGCUAUCAAGCAGUGCAACUGCCCUACAGCGACAAGUCCACCUUUGCCACAGUGAUCCUUCCAAAGGAGGAAGGGCCUGCAGGUCUUGAAAAGUUGGUGGAGGACUUUGAUUGGAAACAGCUCUUGGGCUUCAUGGAGCCGAGCGAGGUGGAGCUCCGGCUACCCCGCUUCAAGGUCAGCGCUGGAGGCUCCAUGUCAGAUGCCUUGAAGGCCCUGGGUAUCAAGGAAGCGUUCGAGAGCAAGAACGGAUUCCUGAGAAUGUCUGAUGAUCCAUUGGUUUACUUGAAUGAUGUGGUGCACAAGGCCACCGUUUUGGUCAACGAGGAGGGCACCGUGGCGGCCGCUGCCACCGGUGCUGUGAUGGCCACGCGCUGCCUGCCGCCACCGGCAAUGAAGGUGACGGUGGACAGACCCUUCCUCUUCGGGAUCAGCGACGCAGAUGGCUCCCUGCUUUUCAUUGGAAAGGUGGUGGUCCCGGAGCUUACGGGCAUUGACGCGAGCCUCAAAGGAGGCUACAAGGCCUAG